GUAAAUUUGUAUUUGUUUCGUUUAUGCAGCGUGCGGCGGUUAUUUGCGUGCCACAAAUCAAAUACAGCAAUUCUAUUCGCAUGCGCUCUUCGGCAACCGCAACUACAAUGAGAAUAUGGACUGUGAAUGGACGAUUCAAGCGCCGGCAAGCAGCAAUGUGCAGCUACUCUUCCUAACUUUCGACAUUGAGGCCAGCGAAAAUUGCACCUAUGACUAUGUGCAGGUGUACUCGGGCAUGGAGGACACAAGUGGUCCUAUGUAUGGGCAAUAUUGUGGCAAUACGCUCCCUCAAGACAUUAUUUCACUGACCGACUCCCUGCUGGUGAGAUUUAAAACUGAUGACACUGUCACCAUGAAAGGUUUCUCCGCUUCCUAUGUAGCCGUCGAUCCGUUCGAGAAUAGCGAUGAGGAUUUCAAUUCGUAUAGCGCAGAACGUGCCACACCCUUCCCCGGUUCGUUGAAGAGCAUCUACGAGGAUUCAGAUGAGUACAGUGACUUCAGCGAAAAUCAAUUGAUUGUGCGACCAAGGGGUCGAUACUACAAUGGUUUCUAAAACGCGGCCUACCGUGGGUGGCAUCCACCCAUAUUCUAUGUAACCCCUUGAAAUUGGCCGAGACGCAUGAGGGGUGCUAGGAAGAGCAAGAAAAAGGUGGGCAUGAUGAAAAUAAAACGUAAGAAAGUAAAAUUCUGGAAGCGUGAAUGAAGGAAAAUAUUGACAAUAGCGAAAAUUACUCGUAUCACAUAGAAUUUAGACUUUUCAUCUUCUAAGGCAUAUCAAACGUAAACGUACACACUUACAUACUACACGCAUCAUCAUGUCAAAAAGAGUGGGCAAAUACCAAACAAAAUUACAUACAUACAAAUAAACUUUCUUAGAUUUAUUGAGACGAAGAGAAAUACAACAUACAUACUCGUAUUUAAGUGUGCAAUUUACUUAAAAAAUUCAAAGAAAAAUGUAGAAUUUAUGAAACAAUAAGAGAUGAUAUGCAAGAGCAAACCAUAUCGAUUAUUUAAAUAAUAAUAAGAUAAUACUAUAAAGGUAGCAAAACUUCUUGAGAAAUGUUGAAAAAUCGAGAUUAUGAGGACAAAAGUAGUUACUUACAUACAUAUGUUCAUACACGAAUAUGUAUGUUGCAACUUCUUGCAUUUUAAUUUAACUUUAAAUACAAUAAUUAAAACAAUAAUUUUAAGUGAAAUUAUUUAGAAAAAAGGACCAAAACAUAUGUAUGUAUGUAUUUAUCAAAGAGAUAUAUUUUAGAAAUGUAAAAUGUAUGUACAAUUAGUCAACAACUUUUCGAAAAAAGUCAAACUCAUAUACCGAAAACUUAGGCUUAGUAAAAAAGGAACAUUUAUUUAAAUAUGUAGUGAUAAAAAAUAUUGAAAGAAUUGCAUUUAUGAAUAAAAUAUAAUCGAUCACAAAGCAUUCGGAACUUUCCCCUGUUCUUUGUAGACUUCUUUCAAAAUUCAUAAAAUAUCGUAAACCUAAUCAUAUCUACUUUUUAGCGUUGUUUAUAAAUUAUAUUCAUACACAUAUACAUAUGUAUGUACAUAUUUACACACAAAAUUAAUACAUUCAACUUAUAAAAAGCAAAAACAUGUCCGGAAAACCUACAUACAUAUUUGGGUUUCGCAAUACAUUUGAACCAAAAAUGUUGCAAAACAAAUUAUCAAAACUUUACAAAAUAAAUAUAUAGAAACU